GCUCGGCCCUGGCUGCCAGUGUGUGUAAAAAGAUCACAGGCCGUCUGACCAGUGCCAUCGCCAAGCAGGAGGAUGUGUCAGUUCAGCUGGAGGCUCUGGACAUCAUGGCUGACAUGCUCUGCAGACAGGGUGGUCUCCUGGUGAACUUUCACCCCUCCAUCCUGUCCUGCCUGCUUCCUCAGCUGACCAGCCCCCGCCUGGCGGUGAGGAAGAGGACCAUCAUCGCUCUGGGUCACCUGGUCAUGUCCUGUGGGAACCUGGUGUUUGUGGACCUGAUUGAACACCUGCUGUCAGAGUUGUCUCGUAACGACUCCAUGUCCACCACCCGUACCUACAUCCAAUGUAUCGCAGCCAUCAGCAGACAGGCCGGACACCGGAUCGGUGAGUUACACAGAGACACACAGACACACAGGCCGGACACCGGAUCGGUGAGUUACACAGAGACACACAGACACACAGGCCGGACACCGGAUCGGUGAGUUACACAGAGACACGCAGACACACAGGCCGGACACCGGAUCGGUGAGUUACACAGAGACACCCAGACACACAGGCCGGACACCGGAUCGGUGAGUUACACAGAGACACACAGACACACAGGCCGGACA